AUGUCAAUCCCAAGAUUGAGAUAUGAUUACUUUGGAGGAAUUAUAUUCGAAAACAACGUGAAAAAAUAUUUCAAAGUUUGGCACGACGAAUUGAGAGUUUUUGACGAGAGUGGAAAGACCGAAACUCUCGACGGAGGGAAGAUCUUGAAAAUUGGGGUUAUCAAAAAUAACGCCAAAAAGUUUGUAGUUCUGACAGAUCGUGGUCUGCGAGAGUUUGAGUGUCAGAAUUCAAAAGAGCGGGAAUCUUGGCUCCGGACCUUUGAGACGGUCAGAAUAGUCUUUCAACGUAAUAAUCCAGAGAGACUUGACGAAUUAAAAAAAGAAAAACAUUUGGAACAACAAAAAACAAAUACUGAAAAUGUUAUACAAAGUGAACUCAAUAACAAAAUAAAAUCAACCUUAUUUGAAGAAACGCAUGAACUUAUCAAUUUAGAUGAAAAUGAGGUGAUCGCGAAUUGUGAAAAUUUAUUAGUUGAUGAAAAAGAUGAAGAAAUUGAAAAGGUUAUUCAACUUCUCAACAUCGAGGAACAAACAAAAAAUAUCAAAGAAAAAAACGAGAUUGACGUUUUGACGAUUGUGGCGGAACGACGAAAACGACGUGAAGAGGAAAGAGAAAAAUGGAAAAAAUUGGAAUUGGUGGCCAAAAAUGAUGAAAAGGACAAAAAUGAGAAAGUGGAAAAAAGGUGCACGAAUGAGAUUGAAACAAACGAAAAAGUCGAAAAGGUGAUGCAAAAAGUCGAAGAGUUGGUGGAGGAAAUUGGUGUUGAGUUGACAAAUGAAGAACGUGAAAAAAUUAAAGGAGAAGAAAAGAGUGAAAAAGUCAACAACGAGAUAAAAUCAACUUCUCAAAAUAUCAGAAGGUUGGAGAUUGAGAAUGAUGGAAUGAACGAACAUUUAAAGAAAGAAAAAGACGAGAAAAAACAAGAAGAAGAGACACAUACCAUUCUCCAAAAGGAGGAGAUUCCUUUACAAAGCAUCAAAGAAGAAAAAAAAGAAGAAAAACCAAACGAACUUUUUGAAAUAACGGAGGAAGAACCCAAACAAGUCUUAAGUGAUGUUAUGAAAGAAAUACCAAUUGAAGACGUCAACAUUACAAAUAAAAAAGAACCUGAGGGAGCGAGCGAUGGAACAAGGAAUGAAAAUGAAUUAAAAAUUGAAAAAGAAGUAAAUGACGAAUUCAAAGACAACAAAAAGAGCGAGGAAGGAGGUGUCGUCGAAGAUGAAAAUUCGGAAAACGACGAAGAGAUUACACUUGGUUUUUCUGUUGAAGAAGAAAGUGAAAGCACAGAGUUUGAUACAACAACAGAAAAUAAACAAAACGUGAAAGAAAAGGAACAACCAAAAGAGCUGAAAUUUGAAGACUUCGUUUGUGUAAACAACUGCGAGAAACCGAUUGAAAGAUCAGAAGAAACAAAAGACUCAAGCGAAGACGACGAAAAAUACAAAGGAUUUGACUUUGACACGAUGAUGGCCGAGAUGGGAAUUCAGCCACAGUCACCACAAGACGAUGGCACCGCACAAGAAAAUGCAUCAGAGGAAAGUUUUGAAUUUGAGAUUGAGUCAGACGACGAUGACAAGGAAAACAAAUAA